AUGUCGUACCCUCCUCCACUUAACCGCCCGCAGAUUGGCAUCCCACAGUUGCCACCCAGGAUACCCCCGCCUCAGUACGGAGGAUUUGCUCCGACAGUUCCGCCAGGUACUCCUAUGAUCCCUGUUCACAUGGGCGUAGUGGCCCAAGCACCCACAGUUCUGGUCCCAACCACAGUUGCUGUCGCAGCUAAACCCUUAAUGUCAAAUAAGGACCUAGGCAGCAUCAGAGCAAAGGAUGGAGAUGAUAGCGGGGGCCCCACCACCACAGUGUUUGUGGGGAACAUCUCUGAGAAAGCGUCCGACAUGCUAGUCAGACAGCUUCUGGCGAAAUGUGGGAUUGUUCUAAGCUGGAAAAGGGUCCAAGGUGCCUCUGGGAAACUUCAAGCUUUUGGGUUCUGCGAAUAUAAGGAGCCUGAAUCCACUCUGCGAGCUCUCAGACUUCUUCACGAACUACUCUUGGGUGAUAAGAAGCUGUUAGUGAAGGUAGAUGCCAAAACCAAGGCUCAGCUGGAGGAGUGGAAGGCUAAGAAGAGAAGUGCCAAUGGGGGAGCCCCGGAUGGAUCAAAAAACGAGGAUGAAGAGGAAGAGGAGGUUCUUGACGAAGAAACCCUGCGUCGGGAUCAGGUUGUCAAAGGGGCGAUAGAUGUCCUCAUUCGAGAGUACUCGAGCGAGCUCAACGCUCCUUCACAGGAUCCUGACAGUCAGCCUCGUAACAAGAAGCGCAAAGAGAAGAAAGAGGAGGAGGAUAUCAAUGCCAUGGAGAUGGAGGACGACAAGAGGGACCUGAUUUCCAGAGAGAUCAGUAAAUUCAGGGACACUCACAAGAAACUGGAGGAGGAGAAAGGAAAGAAAGAAAAGGAGAGACUGGAGCUCGAGAAAGAAAGGAGGGAGAGGGACAAGGAGCGCGAGCGGGAGAGGGAGCGCCGCGACCGGGAGAAAGAGAAGGAGAGGGAGCGAGAGAGGGACAAGGAGCGGGAGAGAGACCGGGACCGCGAACGGGAGAGGGAGAGGGAGAGAGAGCGCGAGAGGACGAAGGAGCGGGAGAGGGAGAGGGAGCGGGAGAGGAGUCGAGAUGCCAGCGAAGCUCGCAGCAAGUCCAGAGAGAGGGCCAGAGACGAUAAGAAACGAGACCGCGACGAAGACGAGGAAGAUGUGUAUGAGCGGCGGAGACUGGAAAGGAGGCUGAGAGACAAAGAGGCUGCUUACCAAGAACGGCUGAAAAACUGGGAGGUCCGAGAGAGGAAGAAGUCUCGCGACUAUCACAAAGAGACGGAGAGGGAGGAGGAGAGGCGGCGUGACAUGGUAAAAGAAGCCAAAAGACUGAAAGAAUUCCUUGAGGAUUACGACGAUGACAGGGACGACCCAAAAUACUACAGGUGGGCACCCUGUCUGCAGAGAUGCGGGGCGGCCGCUCCCCCCUCCACUCGCUCACCGUCUCUCCUCCUCAUCCCCAGGGGCAGCUCUUUGCAGAAGCGGCUUCGCGACCGAGAGAAGGAGGUCGAGUUGGAUGAGAGAGACCGGAAGCGAGAAAAGGAGGAGCACGAGGAGAUCAGGCAGAGACUUCUGGCCGAGGGUCACCCCGACCCCGAUGCCGAGCUGCAGCGGAUGGAGGAGGAGGCAGAGCGCAAGCGACAACCGCCUCUGAAGCUCGAACCCGAGGAGGAUGUCAUUCCGGAGAAGACCCAUCGGGAGCGCGAUCGGGAACGGGAUCGAGAGCGGGAUCGGGAGCGCGAUCGAGAACGGGAGCGGGAGAGAGAACGGGAGCGGGAACGGGAGCGCGACCGAGAACGGGAACGGGAGCGCGACCGGGAACGCGAGAGGGAGCGCGAUCGGGAGCGGGAGCGGGAGAAGAGGGCGACGGAGAGGCCCGUGGAGCCCCCGCCCCCGGCCCCCCAACAGCUUUCAGACGACGAUGCCGUGGACGGGGAGGAGGACGACUACCACAACGGGGAGGACUCGCAGGAGGCCAAGCCUCAGCUCAAACCCAUCAUGCGACCCAUCACCACCGCCCCCUCAGUGUCCUCCGCCAGCGGGAACGUCACCCCGAACACACCCAGCAACGAAUCCCCGUGCGGCAUCAUCAUUCCAGGCGAGAACACUCCCGAUCUGCAGCCUUUAGAGGAAAACCGGCGCAAGAUCGGCCUCAGCCUCAAACUGGGUGCCACCAACAGCCCCAGUCAGCUCAUUUCAGCUAAGAGAAAGAAGCUGGCCUCCGCAGACAGCGUUUUUAACAAGUUUGACGACGACGAAGCAGACGAGCAGCCUCGCAAGAGGAAACUGGUCCCACUGGAUUACGGGGACGAUGAUAAGAGCCUGGGGCUCGACGGGGCAGAAAUGUCAGCGACCAAAGGCAACAUCAACACCGAGGAGAAGCGCAGGCACAUCAAGAGCCUGAUAGAGAAGAUCCCCACCGCCAGGCCUGAGCUCUUCUCCUACCCACUGGACUGGACUAUGGUUGAUUCGACUCUGAUGGAUCGCCGCAUUAGGCCAUGGAUCAACAAGAAGAUUAUUGAAUACAUUGGAGAGGAGGAACCAACCCUGGUAGACUUUGUCUGUUCUAAGGUAAUGGCACACAGCACCCCUCAGGGUAUUCUUGAUGAUGUUGCUAUGGUUCUUGAUGAGGAAGCAGAAGUCUUCAUAGUAAAAAUGUGGAGGCUCUUAAUAUACGAAACGGAAGCCAAGAAGAUCGGACUGGUGAAGUAA